AUGGAGGGAGAGAGCAGACACCUCAAGGAUGAAGAGGGCAUCAGUGGAUGUGAGCCAAGUGUCAUCAUCAACGGGAUCUGCAGUGACCAGUCCUCAGACACUAACAAUGUUCCCUUGACCCACGUCUUGGAGGCAGUCUGCACAGUGGAGAGCAGAGAUGAAGAAGUGAUACCCCAGAGCAUCAGUACCCCAUUGGUUGACUUGAGCCAGGACAGCUAUCAAGAGGGCAUGGAUACCGCACAGAUGGAUGUGGAAAGCAGAGAUGGAGAUGACACCAAGUAUCAGAGAGCCAGGGUGCGAGCUGGCAAGACCUUCCCCAGCAGCCCGGGAGACUCCCUGGAGGACCAGCUGAAGCCCAUGCUGGAGUGGGCCCAUGACGUGGAGGGCCUCAAACCAAACAACAAGCAACCAGAGAACAAAGGUCGAAGACGCACAACCAAUGACUCUGCCACUUCUGAGUGCUGUCCCCCACCCAAGCGCCUCAAGACAAACAGCUGUGGCGGGAAAGACCGAGGAGAGGAUGACGAGAGCCGAGAACGGAUGGCUUCUGAUGUCACCAACAACAAGGGCAAUCUGGAAGACCGCUGUUUGUCCUGCGGUAGGAAGAACCCUGUGUCCUUCCACCCUCUCUUUGAGGGUGGGCUCUGCCAGAGUUGCCGGGAUCGCUUCCUGGAGCUCUUCUAUAUGUAUGAUGAGGACGGCUAUCAGUCCUACUGCACCGUGUGCUGCGAGGGCCGCGAGCUGCUUCUGUGCAGCAACACGAGCUGCUGCAGGUGCUUCUGUGUGGAGUGUCUGGAGGUGCUGGUGGGUACGGGGACAGCUGAGGAUGCCAAGCUGAAGGAACCCUGGAGCUGCUAUAUGUGCCUCCCCCAGCGCUGCCAUGGGGUCCUGAGGCGCAGGAAGGAUUGGAACAUGCGCCUGCAAGACUUCUUCACUACUGAUCCUGACCUCGAAGAAUUUGAGCCGCCCAAGUUGUACCCAGCGAUUCCUGCAGCCAGGAGGAGGCCCAUUAGAGUCCUGUCCCUGUUUGAUGGAAUUGCCACAGGGUACUUGGUGCUCAAAGAGUUGGGUAUCCAAGUGGAAAAGUACGUCGCCUCCGAAGUCUGUUCAGAGUCCAUCGCUGUGGGGACUGUUAAGCAUGAAGGCCAAAUCAAAUACGUGGAUGACGUCAGGAUAAUCACAAAGGGAGAUGUUGAUGAGUGGGGCCCAUUCGACUUGGUGAUUGGUGGAAGCCCUUGCAAUGACCUCUCCUGUGUGAAUCCUGUCAGGAAAGGCCUGUUUGAGGGCACCGGCCGACUCUUCUUUGAGUUUUAUCGGUUACUGAAUUACUCACGCCCUGAGGAGCGCGACAACCGUCCAUUCUUCUGGAUGUUUGAGAAUGUGGUGGCCAUGGAGGUUGGUGACAAGAGGGACAUCUCACGAUUCCUGGAGUGUAACCCAGUGAUGAUCGAUGCCAUCAAGGUUUCUGCUGCUCACAGGGCCCGAUACUUCUGGGGCAACCUACCUGGGAUGAACAGGCCCGUGAUAGCUUCAAAGAAUGAUAAACUCGAGCUGCAGGACUGCUUGGAGUUCAGUAGGACAGCAAAGUUAAAGAAAGUACAGACAAUAACCACCAAGUCGAACUCCAUCAGACAGGGGAAAAACCAGCUUUUCCCUGUAGUCAUGAACGGCAAGGACGAUGUUUUGUGGUGUACUGAGCUCGAAAGGAUCUUCGGCUUUCCUGCCCACUACACUGACGUGUCCAACAUGGGCCGUGGCGCCCGCCAGAAGCUGCUGGGAAAGUCCUGGAGUGUGCCAGUCAUCAGACACCUCUUUGCCCCUUUGAAGGACUACUUUGCAUGUGAAUAGUUCUACCCAGGACUGGGGAGCUUGGGUUCUUGGGGCUAUUGGCAGCUGUUAGGAGUCAUACUGAUCCUCGAAGUGCCCCAGGUCUGCCCUUCCUUAGCUCGCCUCUGUGGGGUCUCACUAUAUACUCAGUUCUCUUCUGCUCAAUGGUAGCAGAGCCUUCUGGCCCUACAGGGAAACCUAUUUGUGCACAGCUCAGAUCUGGCAUCUCACAGUGGCCCAGCAUGGUUCUCAUGUUUUCCCAGUUUAAAACUUUACAACCAAGCCGGGUGGU